GAACUGUAGGCGCGGUGGGCAUGGGAAACUGCCCUAGGGUUGAUGAACUUUGCGUGGAUGAGUUGCAGAUAUCCUCCCAUUUCUUCCUACAAACCCUCUAUGCUAAUCUAAUCCCUCCCCUCCCCUUCCCUUCUCAAGAAAUCCACCCAUGGACGCCCGAAAAGCUGGCGCCUCUCUCAUAAAGCAGCUAGCUUCCUGCCACAAGCCUACCCGCGACAAGGCCCUCUACCUCCUCCUCAACACCUGGCUCCCCGCCCAGACUCAAAUUUCCGAUAACUACAUGAAGAAGCUCUGGAAAGGCCUCUUUUAUUGCAUCUGGCAUGCGGACAAACUCCCCAUUCAAGCUCAACUAAUCCAAAAUCUCUCUUCUCUCCUCCCCUCCCUCCCCCUCCCCCUCUCAAUUCAUUACUUCUCCGUCUUCUUGCAAACCAUGCGCUCUGAGUGGGCCGGCAUCGAUGCGCUCAGGUUAGACAAAUUCUAUUUGCUGAUUAGGACUUUCUUGCGUUACUUCUUUGAGAUUUUCAAGAAGCAUUCGUGGGAUUUAGAGAUUGUUAAUACAUUAGUGAAUGCUUUAAUUGAUAAAUGUUUUAUAGCUGAGGGUAGGAUUAAAGGUGAUGGUGUUAAUUACCAUGUUGUUUCUAUUUUUGUUGAGGAGCUUAGUCCGUUUUUGCCUUUGAGGAAGGAAGUUGUUGAGGAAGUUUUCGGACCCUUCAUUUCGCUUAUGAGGAAAGCUCAAGAUAAGGUGUUGUUAGGCAAGAUUAAGAGUGGGGUGUUUGAGGUGUUGCUGAAGAUGGGGAAGAAAUUGUUGGGGAUGAAGAAAUCGGGAUGUGAAGCUGAUUUGGCUGAUGAUGUUAUGAAGUUGGGGACAACUGCGAUGCUUAUGGGAUUUUCAGCCAAGUUUUUUGAGUUUGGAUCCUCUGUUGAGUGUUUUCAAGGGAAUAGGACGGUGUUGUUUGGUUUGCAUGAAGAGUUUCUCAAAUUGGAGAAGGAUUUGGAGUCUUCUGAGAUUGUUAUAUCGAUUCCUGAGGUCAAUGAUGACGUGCCAAAUUUGGUUCCUGUUAGCAGUGACAUGGAAGUGGAUGAGUCAGCCGGCUGUGCUGUCUCAGGAUCUGCUAGUAAAGUCUUGAAAAAAUGUAAGAAGGCUAAGGUAUCUGUUAGCAAUGAACAAAAGGAGAAAAAGCGCAAGAAAAAUAAGAAAAUUAAUUUGUUUUCUGAAUUUGGUAUUGAAAAUGGUACUAGUGAUAAGGAAAAGGAGAAUGUUGUUAGUACAGCAUGUGAUAUUUUGAAUGACAAACAUAGAGCUGAUGAAAAUUUGAUAUCUUUUGAUCAGUCUACGCUAUCUAAUCUUCAGCUGCAAUUUGAGAAAGUUGCUGCUGAAGUCGGCUUGGAUAGUUGUGUUGAAAGUGCUUGUGAUUUGCCAAAAAUUACAGUUAAUGAAACUGUCACCAAGAAGAGGAAGAGAGUGAAGAGUGCCAAUGGGCAGCAAUCACAGAACCCAGAAACUGACCAGGUAGAUGGUGACGUUGACCUAAGUGUGAAGAGUAGGGAGAAGAGUGCAAAGAAGGUAAGGUUUUCCAUGAAAAACAACUUAGUGUGGAAGCCCCAAAGUCCUUUACCUCCACAAAGUUUGAGACUGCCUCCUUCUGUUACCCCAAGAGGAAGUGCACUCAAGAAAGGGGUACCUCCAGGUCCAAUCAGGGAGAUGCCUCUUGCAAUUAAAAAGGCAAAACAAAGAUCUAAAUCUGCAAAGAAGGUUCGGAAUGUGAUAAAGCUUGUGAACCCAGCUCAUAAAAGCGUGAAGAAGUUAAAAUCUUGUUCCACCCAAUAGGGUAUAAUUUUUGGUUUACUUUUUUGUUGAAUCAAAACCCACAUUAUUUUGUUGCAUCAUUAUCUUGCCUCUAAGGAUUCUCUAGCUUUGUUUUGCUGUGUAACUUUUCUUAAAACAAUGUUUAGUUUAGCCAAAUGAAGAAAUUGAUGUCUAGAGGUUGGCUUUGCUUUUUAUUGUUAUUUUAACUUCUUUCUUGAUA